AAGCUCACCGUUAGAGCUGUUCACUCAGAUAAAGGAAUGUGCUUUGUGCUCCAGAGUCCAAAUCCUCAGUCUGACCAGCUUUAGGACGACAGGAGUCACCCAGAAUUUCCUCCAGACGCCUCAACUUUCAGUGAACAGACGAUGGAUUAUUUCGAUAAUGACACCGAAUUCUUCCACUGCACCGUCAAGGUGGACUACAACUCUCGACGCAUCGGCCUCUUCCUCCUCCACCUCCUCGUCUUCAUGGUGGGCCUGGUGAUGAACGUGACGGUGGUGUGGGUGAACUGGCAACGCCGCCACUCACGCAACACCGUGCUCUUCUGCCAGCUCAACAUGGGCCUGGCUGACACCAUGAUCAUGAUCAUGUUGCCCAUUUACAUGCUGGAGGUGGUGCUGGAUCACGUGUGGCUGUGGGGGGACUUUCUUUGUCGCUUCUCGAACUUGGUGGUGGUGCUCAGCAUUUACGCCAGCUGCUUCUUCCUGGCUUACAUGUCCGUAGAGCGCUACCUAGCGGUGGUACGAGGCUCUGCGCCCAAGGCCCAAAUUUUGGGCAUGACAGAGAAGCGCAAGAGGAACAUCAUAUGUGCUGCACUCUGGUUGGUUGCGUUGUUUUUAGCGGCAUUGGAGACGGCUCACGUCCGUAUUCUGCACCUGCAAGACCCGGGAUGUUACCUUAUGCCGACGCAUGCCUACACAGAGUGGUUCACCUCCAUCAUCAUCAUCCAGACUUUUAUACAAUUUAUCGUGCCUGCAGCUGUCGUAGCUACUGCCAACAUUCUUGCAGCUCGGGCAGUACGGGCGUGCCCUGAGGUCCAGGCCCGCAGCGCUGGUGAUGUGUGGCUCCUGCACGUAUACUCGGCUGUCUUCGUGGUCUGCUGGCUGCCCUACCAUCUGAUCAUGAUGCUAAUGAUGAUAGACAUACUGAAACCAUCACUGUUUGACUGCAACAUGCUGGAGCAGCUGUUCUUUGCCUACACCGUGGUCCGGACCACCGCCCUGCUGCACUGCCUGGCAAACCCCCUGCUGUAUUGUUUCUUGAGCAGGAGCUUCCGCAGCAAGCUCAUCAGCCUCGUCCUGCGUCACCUGCCACAAGACGUUGCUCCUGUGCCAGGACCAGACCAGCCUGGGCAUGCUGCCCAAGCUGAAGCAACGGCGAAUGGAAAAAAGGCCGGCAAUGCGGGAGAAAACAGCACCAGCCAAUCAGAAGGCUCCUAAGGUCAAUAUACACAGGCCAGUCAGAAUAUUAUGACCACUUUUUUGUUUCUACAUCUCCGCUGAGCCUAUAGGACACUUUGUAGUUCUAUAAUUACAGACUGUAGUCCUUCUGUUCUGUUUCUCUGCAUACUUUAUUAUUAUCCUCCUCUCACCCUGUUCUUCAAUGGCCAAAACCCCACAGGACCACCACCAAAAGAGCAGCUUUUUUUGGGUUGUGGUACAUUCUCAACACUACAGUGACGCUGACAGGAUGGUGGUGUGUAAGCAUGUGUUGUGCUGGUAUGAGUGAGUGGAUCAGACACAGCAGUGCUGCUGGAGUUCUUAAACACAUCAGUGUCACUGCCGGACUGAGAAUAGUCAAUCAACAGUGUCUUGUGGGCUCCAACCUAUGGGCUGUGUCCUCUGGAUGGCAUCCUGUGACCACUGACAAAGGUCUGCUCACUGACAAAGGACUGCUCAAACUGAGCAGCAACAAAUGACCUUCUGACUUUACAUCUACAUGGUGAUGCAGCUUAGUAGGAGUGUACAAGUGUGCAAGUAUUAUAUUUGAGAUGUUGUGAUAUUUCUCUCCAAAAUCAAAUGAUACCUCAGAAAAUUAAAUAUAUAAAGCUUU